AUGGGUGUAGUACAUUCAGCGUUAUUAUUUUAUUGCAAGGCAAGAUGGUUAUCACGAGGGAAAUUUUUGCAACGUGUUUAUGAAUUAAGAGUAGAAAUCGCCAUUUUCCUAGAAGAGGAAAAAAGACCGGAAGCUGAGAGUUUUCGUGAUAGUUUAUUUGUGAUGAAAUUGAGCUACAUGGUCGACAUAUUCGAGAAAUUAAAUAACUUGAAUCUUCAACUGCAAGGAGCAAAUACACAUAUAUUGGAUACGAGUGAUAAAGUUAAUGCUUUUUGUAGGAAAUUGGAAUUGUGGAGCAGAAAUUUAAAGCAAGAAAACUUAACAAUGUUUGCAAAUUGGAAUGGUUGUAUGAAAACUUACAAGGCUGAAGAACAACAUGUAAAAGUUCUUUUUGUUACCAUUGAAAAUCAUUUAGCAAUGCUAGCAAAUAAUUUUAAAAAGUACUUUCUUGCUGACGACAAACUGAUAUCAAGCUAUAAGUGGGUGAGGGAUCCAUUUCAAAAUACUCCCGAAGGACACUCAAUUGAAGAGGAAGAAACCUUCAUAGACUUCACGGCAAGCGGGGAAACCAAAAGACAAUUUAGUAAUAAAUCACUCUUUGAAUUUUGGGCAGGAGUGGGUGAUGAGUUUUCUGCCCUAAAAACAAGGGCAGUUCGCAUUCGACUACCAUUUUCAACAUCUUACCUUUGUGAAACUGGAUUUUCUGCUGUGGCUUCUUUGAAGACAAAAUAUAGAUCUCAGCUAAAUGUAGAAAAAGAACUGAGCGUGUCUAUUUCUAAUAUUAAACCCUCCUUUGAAAAACUUUGCUCUGCAAGACAGGCCCAAGGAAGUCACUAA